GUGUGACCGUCCCGCGGGACACAGGAUGGUGGUGCCGGGGGACUGUGGGGUGAUGGGGCACUCCCAGGGCGGGCCGGUGGGGUGACAGCGAUGACACCGGGGGGAAGUUACCGGGACCCCCACGCUCCCCGCGGCAGCCGGCCCUCCCUCGCCUCCCCACCGCUGCCCGGGGGCGCCGGGGCGGGCGGCAACCGGGGGGGAGCGGCCCGGGGCGCGGUACCGCCCCCGCCGCCGCCGCCCCACGCAUGCUCGGCACCGCUACCGCCGCCGCGCCGGGAGCCGAGCCGAGCGGGACCGGAGCGGGAGGAUCCGCAGCUGCAGGGGUGCCUGUGCCACAUCCCCCCACUCCAGCAGCUGCAACAGCUCCUGGAUCCGGCGCCUGGUCCGGCUGCACUGGGGGAAGGCUGGCUUUUAUGACCUGUGGUGGGACUAGCAUGGGAGAAGCCUUUCCCGGGCAUGGGCAGUGCUAAGGACCCCGAGUGGCUGCAGCUGCUGAGCCGCCAGGCCAGGGCUGAGGACACCUGCAAGACCGGCACCAGUUCCCCCGGCUGCCCGCCAGUGGGGGAGUGUUUGCCCGGGUCUGGCUGUGCCACAGAGGGCCGUGCCAUGAGGACCUGCUGCACGGUUGAGCCAGAGACCCAGGGCACUGUGGCUGGCCCAGCGGUGGAGAAGAAGGUGCUAUCACCAACAGGACCGGCUCCUGGCAUGCUUCUUCCAGAUGCCGGUGUGGAGCCAAGUGUGGUGGCAGCGACAGGGAGCUGCGGGGGACCAAGUGGCGCUGCCCCUGCCUGCAGUCCCAUGGGGAUGGGAGGCCCCAGCACCCAGGAGAACACAGCCCCUGUGUCCCCCAUGCCUGAGCCCUGCCUCAAAGCGCUCAGCAAGGAUGCAGGGAGCGCGCCAGCUCCUGCCAAACACGUGGCAUUCAUGGAGCCUGCUAUGGGUUCCAGAGCAGCUGAGCUGCCAAGUCAGGAGCAGCCCCAGGGUGGCAUGGGGAUGUCCCCAGGUGCUGCAUCCCAGCUGGGGGUCAGCGAGGCUCCCAAGCACCCCCAGGGUGGCAUGGCAGACCCCCCCAGCACCAGCACUGUGGGGAGCAGGGGCCGAAGCGAGGCAGGGUUGAGCCCUGCUGCCCUGGCCCAGGGCAGAGCUGAGGGGAGCCCAGCCCGGCGUGUGGAUGCUGGGAGCAGCCAGCAGUCCCGGACAGCCAAACUGCUCUGUGAGUCAUACUCCUUUGAGGUGACCCCACCGGAGGAUACUGGCACACAAGACACAGGGACACAAGUGGACAGCCGAGCAUCCCUGGUGUCGGUGGCCUUGAGCCCCAUGAGCCCCCUGGGUGGGGCUGCUGCCUUCACAUUCCCCAAGAGAGAGCCAGGCUCUGCUGCCCCCCCACGACUGGAGCCCUCCAAGAAGGAUGCAGAGAUGCAGGUGUCCAUGCCUGUGGAAACCCGCUCAGUGGCCACUGGGCCCAUGACGCCAGUGGCCAAGUCCCCACAGGCCUCGUAUCCCGAGGUGCAUGUGAAGGGGACGGUGGUGGAGGAGGCUCCAGAACCCAUCCGGGAGGUGAGCUGGGACGAGAAGGGGAUGACAUGGGAGGUGUAUGGGGCCUCCAUGGAGGUGGAGGUGCUGGGCAUGGCCAUCCAGAAGCACCUGGAGAAGCAGAUCGAGGAGCAUGGGCGGCAGGUGGUGAUGACCCCGCAGAGCACCCGCGCUGGCUCCGUCAAGGGAGCACCCCGCAAAGGCGAGGCCAAGAGGCAGCCCAGCAUCUUUCGGGCUCUGCUGCAAAACGUCCGGCGGCCCCGGUGCUGCUCCCGCGCCGGCCCUGCCAUGGAGUGAGCUGCUGCCCACGACAGUGGGGCAGGGGUGCCAUGGGGAGGGGUCCUUGCCCCGGCGUUCCAAGACACCCGCUGCCAGUGUGUGGGCUCCUGGGCUGGAGUGGGUGGUGAUGGAGCAUUGCACGCUGGGACAAGGUGUCUCCUUUGGUGGGGAUCCCCCCGCCAGUCUGGGGUCCCCCCACCAGCCUGUCUCCAUGGAGCUGUCCCGGGAUGUGAGGCUGGUGCCACAUCUGUGCUUGGUGGCUUUUCGUUAGCAUGAGGAAGCACAUGGCUCCUUCCAGCCCAAGUUGGCUGCUCCCGGGGCAUCUCCUGCCCAUGGCACAGGUCUGGUAAUGGCUCAGGGUGGGCAUGGGCAGGUCGCUGUUGGCUCCCCCAAGCUCUGGCCUGGCUUGUGCCUUAGGCAGCAGUGUUGCUCCCUGUGCUGGAGAGAUGCUGGUGCAUCACGGUGGCACCUUGGCCUGCCCAGGGCUUGGCUGUGCUUGGACCAGCCCACAGCCAUGCACAGGCAGGUCCCUGUGGCUGUCCAGGGUGAGGGCAUUUAGCCCAGUCCACCACUGCCUUGUCCGCUGUGCUCCACUGCCGUGCCAUGGGUGCCCUGGAGCUGGGAGGACAUGGCCACAUGGGGCACCAGGACAGAUCUCAAAUGGGGGAGACUGGGGCCAUCCACUCCUGCCGUGGGGAGGUGCUCGUCCCUGUCACCCUAGCCAGAAGCACCUGGGAAGCCUGUCCCCAUGGUCCCCCCACCCCCUGCCCAGGGACCUGCCUGUGGGUGGCCAUCAGAGCUCAGGGCACAUCCUCACCAUGGCUGGCGCUGGGGAUGAAGCCUGCCCUGCCACUGGGCCCAUCUAGCCUCCCCGGUGCCAGAGAGGCCCCAGGUGCUGGGGACGUGGGCGCGUGUCCCUGUGUGGGUCCCUCCAGCCCUGCAGCUCUCCCCUAUGGCAGCUGGGGAUGCACUGGCUGUGAAGCGCUGCCACUUUUUACAGCUGGGGUUUUACAGGGUGGGGAGGGUAGGGUGCUUUUAUUGAACUGUGUUUGCAUUUUUGGAGCUUUUUAACAGACACUUUCAGCUGUGUGCAUCCUGCCUGGAGCCACCCCUUCCCUCGUGGCCUGUGGGGCCAUGACCCUCUUUACAAACACUUUUGCAACGUUGCCUGCGCCCCGCUGGGCUGGAGUGCAUUGGGAGUGAAGGGUUGGCAUGCAGGGGUGUGAGCAUCCCUGCAGCUGGGUGAGCAUACCCAUGGCCAGCAGCACUGCGUCAUCCUGAAGAGAUGCGGGACCUGGCCCCAUGCAGAGGACUGGCCCCACAGUGCCACGGUGCGGGGACCCAGGCCUGUGCCCAGCACCUGAUGGGCAGGAGGCUGCAAAUGGGGGCAUGCUUGUGGAGGUGCAUCAUGCCCUCUGGGCAGAGGCGCAAGAGGGCUUAAGGUGCUGGAGGCACCAGUGCAGCCGCAUCCCCUCUUUAAGGGGCAAGUCUUGCCCUGCCAACCCUCUGUUGUACAUCCUGGGCUUGUUUUGGCCCUGGGGGGUUGCCUCUUGUGCUGGGGGUGUGCUGCAAAGGGCUCACUGAAGCUCCAGCCUGCAGCCAGGGCUGCAGCCAGUGCCUGCUCUGUGCUGUGGCGCUCACCAGGAGCCAGCUCUUCUCUGUACCACGGGCUACAAGGAGUGGUGCCGUGGCCACACAGGGAAGACCAAGAGCCCUGGGGCAUCUCCCUGCCACCUUGCCCUGGGCUGUUCCCCACCUCCAGCCCUGCGCUGCCGAGUUGUGGCACACCAGUUCUGUGGCUUCAUCACCUACUUUCUUCUUUUUUUUCCUCUUCAUUUCUUUUUCUGGGGUUGGGGGGGAGGAAGGGGGUGGGAGGACUAACCU